AUGUCGUUUAAAGUUUAUUUCGAGGAUGGGAAAGGAAACGCCAUGGAUGAGGAUGGUUUAGAACCUGUGCGAAUGGAAAUAGACGAGGAAGCAUAUUCUCUGGACGAUAUAACGAAUUAUGAUUCACAUAUAGACCUGAAGCCAGCUGAAAAAAAAAAUACUUGGAAACGAGUCAUGAUUACUAAUCUCUUGGAAGCGGAGGUUCAUUGCGUGGAUAGUCUUGGAAGGUCCUGGAAGGUUCUGGACACUGGGGUUGUUGAAUCUCAGCAUGGGAUUCCAGAACAUUCCAAUAGUCGGGGAUUCGUGGUCAGGGGCAAAGUGCAAAGUACGUGGUUCAUGACAGUUUCCAGUGCUAGUAAACAAGAUAUUAAGAACAUACACCGUGGAAAUGAUACCAAGGAUAUGUUCUUUUUCUACGUUUAUGAGAAGGGCCUGACUGCUGGAAAAGCGGAAAGCUUAAUGAUUAUUCCUCGUAGAACUGGCUACAAUUGGCUCCAGCAAGACCAAAGUAUACUCAUUGAUCGGUUAGAGGGAAAAGCCGAUCACAAUGAUCAUUUGAAAGAGAAUCGAGGUAGAAAAAAACUAUUGAACGCGGAUCAUAAAAAACAUCUUGAGGAGACAUUCGGCGAAAAUGCCUCGACAACUAUAGAUCAAGCUAUGGAUAGCUUGACUACUCACUUUGAGGGCCUGAAAGUUAGCCAAAAAACUGUCCGCGAUUUUAUGGUAAAUGAAUGUGCACUGUCCUUCAAAAAAGCCUAUUUCUACCCCACCGAAAGAAACUCUCCCGAAAAGAUUCAGCAGAGAUAUGAAUGGGUUAUAAAUUGGUCAAAAACAGAUCUAGACUACCAGAGUAACUGCGUUUUCAUUGAUGAAGCGGCAUUCCAUGUCAACCUUAACACAGCCGCGGACUCGGUAUCGGAAACCCGCAACAUGUUGCGUAAUUCCACGACAUGUUGCGGAAAGACGCAACAUGGUGGAUAA